UGUUUAAAUCAGUCUUAAUGAUGUUCCUAGUUGCAACUUUGUUCUUGAUAUUGCUUCUAACCCUGAUAAUAUUUUUAAGGUUAAAAUCGCAAAUGGCGGCCUUGGUGGCUUGGAUCGUGGGAACGAUAUCUGGCAGUAGAGGCGAAGAUAAAGACCAAGAAGAAGACAAUAAAGAAAAAUCAAAGAAAAAAGUUAAACAAAAACCGAAGAGAAGCGCAUUAAAAGAACCAUCUUUUAGUACAACACUUACAAAUCCGAUUGAAGAAGUCAUUGAAGAGAUCCUAGACGAAGAAGUGAAGCCUUCCAAACCUAGAAAACGGAACAAAGCUAAAAACAAAUCGAAAAAUAGCGACGACGAACUCGGAUUUUCCUUUUUCAAAGCUAAAUCGUCGGAAAGUUUACCAAAAUUUGAAAAUGUUGAAACUAAGUUAAUUUUGCAAGUACCAGAUCCACCCGAGGAUCCACUCGGAUUUUCCUUUUUGCCCGUUAAAGAUAAGAAACAGAGAAAGAGUCAGAAACAGAAAAUUGAGGAUUUGCCAAAAUCGACUCUCAUUGAACAUUUCAAACACGGCAAAAGGGUAAAAAAUGAGUUUGUCGUAAUUGAAAAAAUUGAAAAAAUCGAAAGUGGAAGUAAACCCGAAAAUUGUAUCGAAAUCGUCAAUAAGGAAACUGGGAAAAAGGUUUAUCUUGAAGCCAAAGAGAGCAAAAAGGUUGAUUCGAAGAUUUCGUAUGCGAGUGUUGCUUCCCAGAGUUUUGAGGAAAGUUUAGAGCAGUUAAGGAACGAAGAAGAAAAUAAAAUUGAUUUUGAGAUUAUUGAAGAAACUGAAGAAGCUCAAGUCAAUGAUAUUAAACGACAAAUUGAGGAAAAACUAGUGACUCAAAUUCGGAGUGAAGAACGAAGAUUGAUCGAUUUACUUGAUGAAAAUCACUACAAGUCAAGUGAAGAAAUUGCUGAGGGCAAAGUCGAAGCUAACAAUUUUGUCGCUUUAACAGAAAAAAACAACUCAUCGUUUGUGAAGAUUAAUGGAAUUGAACAAAUAACUGUUACUAGUGAAGAAACAAAAACGGUAGAAGAACUUGAACCAGUCAAUAGCGAAGAAAAUCUUGUUGAAGAAAUACCAGAAGUGGUGCAAAGCAUUGUUGAUACUGUCACUAGUGAAGAAACAAAAACGGUCGAAGAACUUGUACCAGUCAAUACCGAAGAAAGUCUAGUUGAAGAAAUACCCGAAGUGGUACAAAGCAUUGUUGAUACUGUCACUAGUGAAGAAAUUAAACCGGUUGUUGAAAAUCCAAUCAUUCAAACUGAAGGAAUAGUGACACAAAGUGUCGCAUUCGCUCAAAAAGAAGAAAUUUCUUCAAACAAAAAACGCUUCAAGAUGUCUUCCGGCACCCAUCAAAUCCGCGUUUUGACCCUAAACGACAAAGAACACCAAGACUCGACUCUAUACCGCCUCCAAAAAAACUGGAUUCUUCAAUUCCGUCUCGGUCCUUCCUUACUAGGACGAAAAGUGUCACUUUAUUGCAACUACCCUCAAAACAACGAGUUCAAACGACACUCCUACAACUUGCUAAAGUGGCACCAAGACGAAGGAUGCCAACAUUCUGACGAUACAGCCUUUUUAACGGAAAUAACAAUCGAAAAAUCCGGAAGUUUUCACUACUUUUUCACUUACGACGACCAAAACAAACAUCAAGGCUCCGGUUUUUUCCUCGUAGAUCCAGUUUUGAAAUACGGAAAUAAUGAAAAAUUGCCAUUGGAUUGUAUUCAGUGUCAGACUGUUUUGGCCAAAGGUUUGGGGCCAUUUGACACUUGGGAAAAUAAACUAAACGUCGCAAAAGAGUCGGGGUACAAUAUGGUCCACUUUACUCCAAUUCAGGAAUUGGGAGCUUCCAAUUCAUCUUACAGUCUUAGCGAACAGUUGAAAAUCAAUCCUUUGUUUACGAAGCAAAGUGGAGAUGAAACGUCGUUUGAGGACGUGGAUGAUUUGAUUAAAAAAAUGAGAAAGGAAUGGAAGAUGGUUUCAAUUUGUGAUAUUGUCUUAAAUCACACGGCCAAUGAAAGUGCUUGGCUUAAAGAACACCCAGAGGCCACCUAUAACUGUCAAAAUUGUCCUUAUUUGCGGCCUGCCUACCUCCUAGAUGCCGCUUUUCACCAGUUUUCAUUGGACGUCUCUAAGGGUCUUUAUGAGGAAAAAGGGAUUCCUCCUCAAGUCUCUACAGAGGAUCACUUGAAUUCUAUACGUUACCACUUCCACAAUGAAAUUUUAUCACAAUUAAGAAUCCCCGAAUUGUAUACUUGUGAUGUCACUAAACAAGUCGCAGAUUUUCUAAAUUUGAUCCGGAAUAAAAUCCCGACUCAAACUGAACCAAAAAUUGAAGAAAACCUCAAGCUGAUGCAAGACCCUCAAUUCAAACGACUUGCUUCAAGCAUUGAUAUGAAUUUAGCCACGAGACUGUACAACAACUAUCGUCUCGAUUGCUACGACGAGGAGACAAGAAUUAAAAAAUGUGCUGAAGAUUUUAAAAACAAGCUAGAAUCGCUCAAUAAAACAAUGAUUGAUGAAAUUAACGACCACUUGAAAAACGCAGUUGAGAAUGUAAUCGCCGGGAUUAGAUACUUCCGGGUGCAAUCCGACGGCCCCAAAGUACGCGAAAUUUCGCUGAAAAACCCCAUAGUUUUCCGGUAUUUCACCGAUUACGGAACCCCCAAGAGUCUCAAGGAGCACGAGGAGAUUAUGUAUAGUGAGAAUGGGCGAUUUUUGAUGGCUCAUAACGGUUGGGUCAUGAAUUCAGACCCUUUGAGGAAUUUCGCAGCCCCCGAUUCGAAUGUUUAUAUAAGACGAGAAUUGAUCGCAUGGGGGGAUAGUGUCAAAUUGAGGUAUGGGGAGAAGCCAGAGGAUUCACCGUUUUUGUGGAGACAUAUGAGGGAGUAUGUGGAGUUGACAGCGAGGAUUUUUGAUGGGGUUAGAUUGGAUAAUUGCCAUUCAACACCAAUUCCGGUGGCAGAAUACCUCCUCGACUGCGCCCGAAAGAUCAACCCCGAUCUCUACGUCGUCGCUGAGCUGUUCACAAACUCGGACCUAACCGACAACAUAUAUAUCAAUCGUCUCGGCAUAUCAUCCCUAAUUCGAGAAGCCAUGUCAGCUUGGGAUUCCCACGAACAAGGCCGUCUCGUGUACCGUUACGGUGGUUCCCCGGUUGGUUCAUUCUACCAGCCCAGAGUUCGCCCCCUCGUACCCUCAAUUGCCCACGCCCUUUUUCUCGACUUGACUCACGACAACCCCAGCCCGGUCGAAAAACGCUCAGUUUUCGACUUAUUACCAAGCACGGCUUUGGUCAACAUGGCGUGCUGUGCUAGCGGCUCGAACAGGGGGUAUGAUGAACUUGUACCUCACCAUAUACACGUUGUUGACGAAACGAGAAAAUAUACAGAGUGGACAGAAAACGAAAAUCUUGCCGCCGGAAAUGCAAGAUAUAUUACAAGAAAAUCGGGGAUUAUUGCGGCCAAGAAAGCUUUAAACGAGCUACAUUACCAUUUAGGAGUUGAAGGAUUUGAUCAAGUUUAUGUAGACCAAAUGGAUCCCGAUGUGGUUGCAGUUACGAGACAUUGUCCAGAGACACACGAAAGUUACGUUCUUGUCGCUUUUACAGCUUUCGUACAUCCGCCAGAGGACGCUGAUGGUCAUCAAAGAGGAAUCAAACCGCUCCGAGUCGAGGGAGUCUUAGACGAAAUUGUUUUGGAAGCAACUCUGAACCAAUCAAAUCCCAAGUCCGGUUCGAAAUACACCAAAAGUCUAAAUUAUCGCAAAGAUAAUAAAUGGAUAAACGGACUGUCUGAAUAUCAGGUCCACCUGAAGCAACACAUCCAACCAAGUGAGUCUGAAACUGUUGAGAAAGUCGAUUCUGGGUCACCCAAUGUAGUCCAGUUGAAUUUUAAAAAUUUCAAACCAGGAAGUGUCAUCAUAAUCAAAGUGUCGUUACCGAAAGAUAUGAAAGAGGCUAUUAAGAAUGUCCGCAAUUUGAUAAGUCAAUUUUCUAUUAAAAAAGAGACAGAACUAUGGAAAAUAAUAACUGAGAUGACUUUAGCUGACUUGAAUCGAGCGUUAUAUAGGUGCGAGCAAGAGGAGAGAGAUGAAGGUUACGGUUUUGAUACUUACGAUAUUCCGAAUUUCGGUCGAUUGGUUUAUGCAGGGUUUCAAGGUUUUAUGUCUUUAUUGUGUACUGUUCGGCCUAAUAACGACUUGGGUCACCCAAUGUGUGCCAAUUUGCGCGACGGAAAUUGGAUGAUUGAUUAUAUUUGGCAAAGAUUGAAGCUUGAUGACGGCACAAAACAUCUAGGCCAAUGGUUUGAGGAAAACUCAAAGUCGCUCAAAUCGAUCCCUCGCUAUUUAGUCCCGUGUUACUUUGACGUGAUUGUUACAGGAAUCUAUAUUUUGCUACAUGAACAAUGCUACAACCUCAUGUCGGAUUUUGUUAAACUCGGCUCCACCUUUGUCAAAGGUCUAGCGAUGGGUUCAAUCCAGAUGUCUGCUUUGAUAAAAUCCGCUGAUUUACCACAACUUUCCCCAAAUCUUUCUGAACCUAAACCACCUCAAAGGAAAAAUAACAAGGGCGAGUUGGUACAAUCUUGUGUUACUAUGUCUGCCGGUUUGCCCCAUUUCUCGGUGGGGUAUAUGCGUAAUUGGGGUCGGGAUACGUUUAUAGCCUUGAGGGGACUCUUCUUGCUGACUGGGCGAUACGAAGAUGCUAGAUACCACAUUCUGGGCUAUGCGGCGUGUCUGAGACAUGGGCUUAUACCCAAUUUGCUCGAUGGUGGACGAAAUUCACGCUUCAACUGCCGCGACGCCGUCUGGUGGUGGUUGCACUGUAUUAAAUCCUACUCUGAAGAUACCCCCUCCGGUCUCUCCAUCCUUCAAGACAAAGUCUCCCGUAUCUUCCCCAACGAUGACUCGCCCCCUCAACCCUCCGGCCAAUUCGAGCAACCUCUCCAUUCCGUAAUGCAAGAAGCCCUCAACGUCCAUUUCCAAGGUCUUGUCUUCCGCGAACGCAACGCCGGUCGCCAAAUCGACGAACACAUGACCGACCAAGGCUUCAACAACCAAAUCGGAGUCCAUCCGGAGACAGGUUUUGUCUUCGGAGGCAACGCCUUCAAUUGUGGGACUUGGAUGGACAAAAUGGGCUCGUCGGAGAAAGCCGGAAAUAGGGGAAAACCAGCAACGCCGCGUGAUGGCUCUGCUAUCGAACUAAUCGGAUUGGCUAAAUCAGUAGUUACGUGGUUAGAUAAGUUAAGUAGGGAGGGGAAGUACCCGUAUAAAGGAGUAGAACGAGUCGGGAAAAACGGGGUAGUGACCAAGUGGACUUUCGAGGAAUGGGCGGAAAAGAUACAAAAUAACUUUGAAAAGUAUUUUUGGGUCAAUGUAACGCCAGUAAAAGCCGAGAUUCGACCAGAUUUGAUCAAUAAAAGAGGAAUUUAUAAAGAUUGCUAUGGGGCGAGUCAAGAGUGGACCGAUUUUCAGUUGAGAUGUAAUUUCCCGGUUGCAAUGGUUGUGGCACCGGAACUGUUUAACCCUCAACAUGCAUGGGUGGCUUUGAAACAAGUCGAAAAAUACCUUUUAGGACCUCUGGGGAUGAAGACCUUGGACCCCGAGGAUUGGGCCUAUAAUGGGGAUUAUGACAAUUCGAACGAUUCCGAGAAUUUCAAUGUUGCGCAUGGGAUGAACUACCAUCAAGGGCCGGAGUGGGUGUGGCCUGUCGGCUUCUAUCUACGUGCUAGAUUACGAUUCGCCGCCGCUAACAACAAAUUAGCACAAACUGUGGCUGACACUAAAGUCGUCUUAUCGAAGCAUUUCGUCGAGUUACAAACAUCAACAUGGCGGGGACUCCCCGAAUUGACCAAUAAAAACGGAGCUUUCUGCAAGGACAGCUCAAGGACGCAAGCAUGGAGCAUGUCGUGCAUUUUGGAAGUUUUGCACGAUCUUCAAAGGAUUGAGAGGGACCAACCAACGAUCAAUUGACUUACAAGAAAAUUAGAUUUACUUACCGAAAAUUGCGAAAUUAUAAUAAAUUCACCGUUGAAAAGGACUUAUUUUAAGCGUGAAACAAUAUUCAAGGUUGAAGAUAAAGUCGAGUUACCACAAGUUGAAAAUUUCAUCGUUUACAGUGAUUUGUACUUUAAAGAAAAUCAGAGUUUGAAUAUGGUUGAGCGUGACUUGAGUCACUAUGUGCAUGUGUGUAAUUUGUUAGUGUGUAAUGAUUGUUUUGCGGCAACGCAUUUUAUGCCCUGUUUUGGGGAGUGGUCCCAAGUUUUACAAGUGUUAAAAUAUUCUCCUGGUGAUAGUCUUAGUUUUAAUUUAGAUAAGUCUUAUAAGAAUUACCGUGCAAUUGUUAAGUAUAGUUCAUUUAGGAAGCGUGUUGUGUGUUUCAGUGAUUUGUUAUCAAGAAUUUCAGUGAAGCCGAAAAGAAAAACAAUUCGUUUGAUCGAUUUAGAUGAAAUAUCACCGGUAGAUGAUGACAAUCCGAGAAUUACCGACGAAAUUGUUGAAAAUCAAACUGAAAAACCCUUGUUAGACAAACCUAGAUUUAAUCCAAUUAUACUCGAACCGUUAUCGUUAGAAACUCUACAAAAAAAACGUGUUAUUAAUAGGAUUUAUGAAACUGAACAGAAGAAACUUAUUCGUAUUACCAUUAUGUACACUUUGGCCUUUUUUGCUUUAGCUAUUACCACUUUUUUUAUCAUAUAUUUAGCCUAAACGAUUAUUUAUUUCAAAAGUUUGUUGUGAUCAGUUUAUUUUGUAAUAAUUAAAAACACUAUUCUGAU